CGACCCCAGCAGUGUGUCUGGUCGGUGCACGAAAUCCUCACUUUCGACAGCAUGGCCGACGCCUUGGCGACGACAGGAUCGAGUCUGCCACCUGCAUUCGAUCCUGCGCCCACCGUCACGAUUGUCUUGUCGACGUACAACGAACGCGACCCGCUCAUCAAACCAGCGGCGCCAGAUCUGUCUCUUCUAGCAACCUCCAAGGCGGAGUACGUGGCGAUCGCAGGCUUUCGCGCGUCGGCGGUGUGGCAAGCUGGCUUUGUACUAUUGUGUGUGGUCACUGGGGGAGUGUUGUGGAUUAUGACGACGUGGUGGCCACAAAUUUACACGUACCUCGCUCGCGUGCGUGUGAGGUCGUUGGGUGUCGCCGACAUCGUUCUGGUCCGAGACAGCCAUGGCUUGAUGCACGAAUGUGCUGUUGUCCACUCGGAAGGCGGCAUGGUGCGCACGUUUGAAUGGAAGCACCAACGGUAUCUCUAUAUCCAGCAGUCCGGCUCGUUUGAGCGAGUCCCUGCCAUGUUGCUCGAUUCGCUGGAAUCUGUGACUCGAUCUCUCCAGACUGGUCUCGCUAGCUCGGUGGUAGCGGACCGCACGGCAUUUUACGGCCCCAACACGAUGGAACUCAAGACUCCUUCCCUCAUAAGGCUCCUCGUCGAAAAGGUCGUGCAUCCAUUUUACCUGUUCCAACUCAUUUCAGUCGCGCUGUGGCUGGAAGAAGCAUACACCACGUAUGCGCUGGCGAUCCUUGCCAUGUCGAUAUCGAGCAUUGCGUACGAAGUGCACUCGCAAGUCACAAACGCGAGCCAAAUGCAGGCGCUGGUGGCAUGCGCCAUCCAAGUGCAGGUCAAGCGAGAUGGUGGCGUCCAGUCCGUGCCGGCGUCGGCGCUCGUGCUUGGAGACUUUGUCCUGGUCCAAGAACAGGUCGUUGCGGCAGACAUGGUCAUCGUCGUCGGCGAAUGCAUGGCGGACGAAUCGUCCUUGACUGGAGAAGCGAUCCCAGUGUCGAAGCAACCAUCGCACGACGACCCGACAAAAUCCGUGCUCGAAUGCCACAAGAGCUCCGUCCUGUGUGCAGGGUCGACUGUAGUCCGCGUCAAAGGCGAUAGCGUAUGGGCAGUCGUCACCCGCGUCGGGUUUUCCACGACAAAGGGGGACUUGCUUCGCCAGAUUUUGUACCCCGACGACGUGCCAUUUCAAAUGGUCACCGACAGCUACCGCUACCUCCUCGCGCUGUCGAUCGUGGCGGGACUGACCAGUCUCCAGCGCAUCUACGACGCCAUCCAAGCCCACUCGACAUUGGGCGACUUGGUCAUUUCGGUCUUCGACUUGAUAUCGACAACCAUCCCAGCGGCGCUCCCCAUGAUCUUGACGGUCGGCGUUGGGUUUUCGCUCACGCGGCUGCAACAAGCGCGGCUGUGCUGCAUCGAUGCGCAAAAAAUCAAUGUCGCCGGCCACAUCAAUUGCUUUUGCUUCGACAAGACUGGCACCCUCACGAGCGAUCACCUGGACUUUGAAGGCGUCGACAUGUGCGAUGGAUCGCCACUCACAACCAAGCCCACCUCGCGCGAUGUAGAGUAUGCUCUGGCUUCCUGCCAUGGUCUGAGUGUGGACGAUCAAGGCGUUGUCGCGGGGUAUUCGUUGGAGCGCGAUAUGUUUGCUGCCACCGAGUACACGCUGUCCGCGACGACGAACGAAGUGCAGUCCCCGAAUGGCGGCCACGUCUCGCUCCGCUACGACCGUCGGUAUCCGUUUGACGCGGCGCUGCAGCGCUCUUCGGUCGUGGUCCAAGCGUCCAACGAGCCGCACUUUCGUCGGAUAUACGUCAAGGGAUCGCCCGAAGCCAUCGCCGACAUUUGCACCGGCAUCCCCUCUGACUUUUAUGCGCGAGUCCAUCGGUACGCAUCCGAGGGAUUGUACUGCGUCGCGCUGGCCAUGAAGAAAAUGGAUGGAUAUGAGCCAGCCACGUCGCGGGCCACGGUCGAGAGCGACGUCACGUUUUUGGGCUUUUUGCUGUUUUUGAACCCCAUCAAGGCCGCGUCACGUGGGGUGAUCGAAACGUUGGAACGGGCCAACAUCGAUGUCCGCAUCAUCACAGGCGACAAUGCGCUAACCGCGAUGCACGUGGCCCGGGAACUCAACAUGCACCUGACGACGUCGAUGCUGUACUUGGAUGUGUCGCCAUCCGAUGGCUCGAUCAUGUACCAACUGUACCCCACGUCGACGACGUGGCUCGCUCUCGGCGACCUCGACACGUUGUUGGAUUUGGACUUUGACUUGACGAUCACGGGCGCGGCGUUGGAUGUGGUCAUCGCGUCGUCGCUGCCGCCGCUUCUCGUGUCGCGGCUCGUCCAAAAGGCGAAAAUCUUUGCCAGAACCAAGCCACACACGAAAACGUGGAUCGUUGGGCGGCUCAUGGAUGCUGGGCUGUUUGUGGGCAUGACAGGCGACGGCACCAACGAUUGUGGUGCACUGAAAGCUGCGCACGUUGGCCUUGCGCUGUCCGAUGCCGAAGCUUCCAUCGGUAUGUUCUUGAGUUCGGCCGCACAAAUUGGUCUUGGUGUUGUGCGUCGUCGGGUCGAGGUCAGGUCGGCUGUUGUAGUGGCGCCGUUUACCAGUCGUGGCAAGGCGAUCGAAGACGUCGUGGCGCUGCUUCGAGAAGGUCGAUGCGCGCUCACGACGUCGCUGCUCUCGUUCAAGUUCAUGGUCAUGUACCCGAUCAUCGAGACGGCCAUGGUCGCAUACCUCAACCACAUGCAAGCCUCGUUUUCAAACAAUCAGUACUUGUUUGGCGACAUGUUUGUCGUGCUGGGCAUGUCUGUGCUGAUGCUGCAAACUCCCCCUGCCGCCAACCUCACCAAGGCCAGGCCUCCAACCUCUCUCUUUGUAAGAUCUUGCCCACUGUCGACCAUGCAAGCGAGCUCCCGCCGUGCCGCUUGGUCCUGUGUACAUGUAGUCGCCUACGAUUGUUUGGAGCGUUGCGAGCCAGUCGGUGGUGUUUGCGCUGUAUUUUUCGGCAACGCUGGCGGUGGCGCAGCGCCAGCCGUGGUUUUGUGCCCUGCCCGACGUUGCCGCCGGCCGCGCGCAUUGCUACCCGUAUCGUCCCAAUGAAUCCGGCGACAUGACCACGCAUGCGUUUGAAGUCUCGAUCGUGUGGCUGCUGGGGCACUGGCAUUACGUGGUGCUGGCCAUUGCGUUCAACUUGAACGAUCCGUUCCGCGAGCCGGCAUGGCACAACCGCGCGUUCGUGUUGUACACUGCGGCCGUGGGCGCAAUCUUGCUUGGCCUGGUCUUGUGGCCAGGCAAUGCCAUGGCCGUCGCCUGGCUCGACUUGACGACGCCCCUGCCCCUGUCGUUUUGUUUCGAAAUGGCGGCAUCUUGUGCGCUGGCGCUCGUCACGGCCGUCGGCGUCGAAAUGGCCGUGCGCAUCACCUUUGCACAGUCCUAAUGAACGACAUCGCGACGACGCACCGAGAGAACUCUGGUAGCGAACCACGACGCAAGCCCAAGUGGCAUGACGUGCAGCAUUGACAAUGAAACAAACGUAGGGGUGUGCGCGCGUCCGUGUCCGCCGUUCCAACCGCCAGUGGUCAUCCACGGCCCACAGUGCGCUCGCACACCUUUGUCGACGUUGUGAAGCGAGUGGCAGCCUGCCCAACGUAACAAUGUGUUCAUCGUGUGCGAGUUCAAAAGCCGUUGGUCGCACAGUCCUGUCGCGCGACGCUGCAGCGGGAAAUCGAUUCGUGGGACGUCCUCCUCCUCCCCUUGCAUGUUGCUCGAUGACCCCCGCCGACGAU